CACCCAGCGGAAGUAAACAACACAAGCCACUGCCCUUUUUUAUAGCAGAAUUGCAGUCUUGUAGUCGGACUGCAGAUAGGUAUUUCAGUUGUAAUUAAAAUGUCUGCAGUUGAGUAUUUGAGACAGUUUGUCAGCCAGCGACUAACUGCUGCCGCUGAAGAAAUAUUCGGAGUUUUUGAGAAAACUGUCAUUGAGUACGAGGAAGAGAUCGACCGUCAGCGAAAACUGUUGGAUAUCGUCUGGAAACCGGAUAUAAAGUUACACAGAAUAGAGCUCCAACAGCAACAUGUCUGUCAGGAGGAGGAGGUUCUUGCUGACCAGCAGCUCUGUAUUGAGGAGAGGAACUCCAGUCUGGACCAGGAGGACCCAGAUCCUCCACAGAUCAAAGAAGAACAGCAGGAACUCUACAUCAGUCAGGAGGGAGAGCAGCCUGCACUGAAGCAGGAAACUGAUACCUUACUGUUGACUCCUACUGAUGAGGAAAGUGACCAUAGUGAAGAUCAGACUGUGAGCUUCAGUAUCAAGAGACAUCACAAUAACACAAGUCACAGUAUCAAUGUAAACAACCCAGAGUUGUCAGAGUUUAGACAUAAAACUCACACAGGUAAAAAGUCUGUCAGAUGUGACAGAUGUGGAAAAUAUUUUCGGUGUAAUGCCAUAUUGAAGGAACACAUGACAACCCACACAGGUGAGAAGCCGUACCUUUGCAAGACCUGCGGGAAAAGAUUUAGUCGACUUUCAUCACUGACCCGUCAUACAAGAACUCACAUAGGCAUGGAUCCAUGUAUUUGCAAAACAUGUGGGAAAGAUUUCUUAACUGGCAAUAUCUUGGCAUUCCACAUGAGAACAGCACACACAGAAUGUUGUACAGGUGCUGGUGCCAAGAGUAAGAAGAACUUGGCAGUCCGUGGCCGAGAGGUUAGGAAUCUAGCUUGUAACUGGAGAGUCGCCGGUUCGAAUCCAGGUACUGACAGGUCCAAGACUGACGUGCCCUUGAGCAAGGCACAUAAUCCCCCUGCACAGCUCCCCGGGCGCAGUAAUGUACUGCCCACUGCUCCUUGCAUGAGCUCCCACAGCAACAUGUCUGUAAGGAGGAGGAGGUUGUUGCUGACCAGCAGCUCUGUAUUGAGGAGAGGAACUCCAGUCUGGACCAGGAGGACCCAGAUCCUCCACAGAUCAAAGAGGAACAGCAGGAACUCUGUACCAGUCAGGAGGGAGAGCAGCCUGCACUGAAGCAGGUGACUUAUACCUUACUGUUGACUCCUACUCCUACUCAAGAUCGGUGGUUGCAAAAGUAGUCCGGGUACUUUUGCAACAGACCCAGAGGUUGCUGUCUGGUUUGGACACACACAAGUGAGGAGCCGCAUAUUUGCAGCUCUUGCAUUUGGGGGUCAACACUGACCGGAGAACCUAUAAAGGUCCAUGUUCAAACUAUUGCACUAGCUACAUCUUUGUAACUCAAUGUAAAAUAUUUUCCACAAAGAUGACAUGUCACACAAGUUACUUCUAACUGGCAAGAAGAUGCUACUGCUGGUUUUGUUGCUCGUUUUGGUUAACACUGCUGGAUUUGGACCAUAUUGUCAUUCUGAUAUGUAAAUCACUUUUUUAAUUUUUUAAAGCUAUAUUGUUUAAGGAAUUUAAGCUUUAUUGUUUAUUUAAUUAUACUGGUGAAGCAUACUAUAUGCUAGGAAGUAUACAGAGUGCAGUAACCAAUAAAAAGCUAUUUUGUUGAUUAUACCUUUGUAUCUGUUCUUGUUACUGAGCCCACAUCCUGCAUAUACAGAUGCAUCUCAAUCAAUUAGAAUAUCAAGUCAAAUAGCCCCAACCAGUACCAAGUAUUGAUUGCAUAUAGAUGGACAUACUUUUUAGGGGCCAACAUUUCCAUAUUAAACAUACUUUUUAAAAUUGGUCUUUUGUAAAAUAUUUUUUUUUGAGACACUGAAUUUAGGUCUACAUUAAAUGUAAGCCAGAGUCAUUAUAAUUAGAAGAAAUUAAAUAAAUUAAGACAUGAAAUGUUUCAUUCUGUGUGUAAUUGAUCUGUAUAAUGUGUUAUUCCCACUUUUUUAAAUGGAAUUUCUGACAUAAAUAAACUUUUCUAUGAUAUUCUAAUUAAUUGAGAUGCACCUGUAUGCUCCUCUAAGUUGUGGUUGUUGUAAUACAAUAAAUCGGAGUUAACCAUAUCUGGCCAUCCUGUGUGUUCUUAUUGACACCAUUGAGCCAGCACCUAUACAGCCCAAAUUCAGACUCUGUCCAAUAGUAUUACUUGCAUUUCUGUUUCCAAACAGUAUUUAAUCGAAACCAUCAUAAUCUUCCAAAUUUAAGGAAAACGUUAGUUUCACAGUGAAUGCA